ACGCAACUCAUCCACGAUGCAACUUAAGUCCAUCAAUAAAGUGUGGUAUCUUCAGAGGCGCUUGGAAAUAAUGUCUUGUCAAAGUUGCUUUGCAGACAGCGGUGGCUGUUAGCUUAGUUAUUGAUGCUUUGAUGAAUUGGAGGAAAACCAGAUGGAUGAAUUGUUUAACAAAGGCACAUUACAGAAGCCGGGGAGCCAGACCAUACUAGGCAUUAAAACAUUUUAGCUAAAACUUUUAAGUUUUUCCACCACUUGUCAAAAUUCCCGAAAACACAUUACGACGCCAUUGUUUUUUUAACUUACCACUAACGUUAGUAGGAGGAAGACAUCAAGCUAACAGACGCAUAACGUUAGCCCGGACAUAACGUUAUUAUGAUUUUUUUUAAAUUGUUGUGGCUUAUAUGGUAACAACAGUUGCCUACUUGCACACCCAGCUGAAGGAGAGUAACAUUAUCAUCCCAUGAAGUUCCUACACCUUGAACCCUUGGUGACCACCAUGCCUGAUUGGGGAGGAAGUAGCUGGACUUGCUGUGCUGAGGAGGAUACAGAGGCUCUCCCCUGCCCAGAAUACCAGGAGGGUUUUGAUGGCUCUUGCUAUGAGUUUGUGGGUCUGCAGCGAUCCUUCCUCAGUGCUCAGGGAUGGUGUGAGCAAGGCGGAGGACACCUAGCCUUCAUCCUGAAUGAUGAAAUACAGCAGUUCCUUCAAAAGCACCUGGAGCCGGGGAGGGACUGGUGGAUCGGGCUGGCACCUGCAGCUCCAAACCUCACGCUCGACUCUGCUGCUAUCGAUGGUUCCUUAGCAUGGCUGGAUGGCUCAGAUGUCAGCUAUAGUAACUGGGUGAACAUGCCAGAUGCAGAAGCAGCCUGUGGACAUAUCCUGAAACAUUCAGGCUUCCAGUGGGAAGCUGCAUGGAACUGUAGCCAGGAGCUCAACUUCAUUUGCCAGUUUGAUUCUGGGAGAUCUAUUGCAUGUGACGGCCAAAAUGCAACACUGCAAUGUGGUUCUGGUCAAGUUUUAGAUAUAGACGACAGCUUCUAUGGUCGAAAAACAAUUCACUACUGCCGAUCCAAACUUACAGCCUCGCCCACAUCCUCCCAGGAGGAGUGCAGCUGGAUAGAUGUUAUAGAUUCUGUAACAGCCCAGUGCCAUGGACAGCAGGCUUGCCAGGCUCCAGCGGAUCUCAGCUCUUUUGGUGAACCAUGUCCUGUGCUGGGGAGUUACCUGUCUGUAGAGUACCGCUGUAAACAAGGACUCUACUUGUUGAUGAGCAAGCUGGCGGCCGUCUUUGAUAAUGUCACCAUCACGGUGAAGUGGCUCCUUCAUCCUUUUCAGGGAAACCUCACAUGCACACUGAAUGCUGGGGAUGGCCACACUGCUGAGCCAUACAGCCCAGUAGAGAUGGAGAGCACUGUGAUGCACAGAUUCCUCCGUCCUGGUGUUUUCAUGGUUCGAGUGGAGUGCACCACCAGUGACUGGCAUGUUACUGCUCAGAAAGCCAUAAACAUUCAGGAGCCUGUUGGAAAGUUUGGUGUCUUUAAGUGCUAUAGCGGGAACAUGUCAACAGAUGGCACUAAAUGCAAUGCACUUCAUGGUAGGCCUGUUCAGAUCCAGGUGAUGGUAGAGGCAGGUACAAAUGUUUCCUACUCAAUUCAACACGAAGACCACUUCAUUGCAAACUCGUCAGUGGACAGAGGGAUCACCCCCCACAACAUUACACUGAGUGUAAGUGUGGUGGAGAAGCUUGAACAUGGCUGCCACCCCCUGACUCUAACUGCCUCUAACAGGGUCACAGCUCGCACAGUGUCAACUGAUCUGGAGCUGUGUCUGUUGGAGCCCGUUGAAGGCCUGCAGGCCUCUGUGAUAGCAGAGGACAAGUGUCCAGACUCUAAAGAUCUCAUCAUUGGUGUAUCGUUAGAGCGAGGAGCCCCUGUGGAGCUGCUCUUCACUCUGACUGGAGCUGGGGACACUCUCUCCGAGACCAGAGACAUGCUCAAUGGCAGCUUACAAGCUUAUACAUUCUCCAGCCCACUCGAAGGAUUGUUGAAGGUGAAGGUACGAGCCAUGAAUGCCUUCUUUGCUUCUGAUGCGGAUGUGGACUUAGAGAACAUACUUCAGGCUUGCCAGAAUUACUCUGACCAUUCACCAAAUGAACAUGGGAACACAACAGGUAAUAUGAGUGUCUACGACUCUAGUGGCUUCAAAAUAAUUGCUACUCCAGACACUGUGGUGGACUACACUCAGAGUGUCACACUGAGCGUGACUGGAACUGAAUCAUUACCGAGCAAAGGACUCACAUUUGAAUGGAAGUGUAAAGGAAACUGCAAAUGCACAAACACAACAAUGGACAAAAUUUAUGUUAUCCCAAAAGACUGCCUUCCAGAUCCCUUUGAUAAUUUCAGCUACGCUUUAACUGUGAGGAGAACGACCUGGUUCAGGAAAUGGGUCAACCUUGCUUCAACUUCAAAGUGCAUCACUGUUGCUCCAAAGGAAUUCACAGAUGUCACCAUCAGUUGUGAUGAUUGCGCUUCAAUAAAUGUGAACGACCACAUUAAGCUAAGACUGAUCUGUGUGACAACUUGCCCAGAGGUAGUUUGGUAUAUUGGGGAGUCCAGACCUUUGACAGGUGACCUCGAAAAAUGUUUCUCUGAAGCAGGAAGAAGGCCACCUUUCGAGAGGCAGGAUGGCAACACUGAAUAUAUUGUACAUAGCAAACAUCUGAAAGUUUCAAGGGACACAUUGCACAACUUCAGUGUGAUUGCUUAUGGCAAGAAGGAGGCAGGUUUUGCCAAGUACACGUUUCCAAUACCAGGUCCUGAAUCAGCCGAACCAACUGUAAACUCAGCAGUGACAUCUGAAGCCCCUGCAGACCCCAGACCCCCCUCUUGUAGCAUCUCUCCGCUUUCAGGAACAGUUCUUGAUGCUUUUGACAUUACCUGCAAACCAAGCUCUUUCUGCUCUACGGGCUGUUUUUAUUGCUUCAAGACGGACACAGGCAAACAUCUGCGCUGCAGUAAUGCACAUGAGGUGAAAUCUGUCUUCCUGCCGCUCGGAGAUAAGAACAAUAAUUACAGUUUGUCUGUUGUGGUGACUGUGAAAAAUGAAUAUGAGAAAGCCACUACAACUGUUUCCACUCAGGUGCAGAAAAGCAGCUCCAGUACCUCUGUGGGGGCUCUGCAAUCUGCAGUGAAGGACACUGUGAGUCAGUUAGAGCAGCAAGGCCUGCUCUCCGGUGAGGCACUGGGACAAAUAUUUACUUCAAUUUCUGAUAUGUUGAAUACAGCGGCGGGCCAGGAUCAGAACAAUGCGAGGAGGAAGCUCAGAGAGCAAAUGUUGACCAAAAUGACCACAGUUCUGCUGGACUCACCCAGCAACACAACUCAGGAAGUGCAAGUGACAGCCAGAGCUGUGGCUGGACUCACCCAGCGCCCAGAGGAGCUCAGUCCCGCUGCUCAAGAAGAAGCGGGCUCACUGUUGGUAGACCUAAGCUCCUCCCUCAACACUAUCAGUGUUAAUCAGGACGGUGGGGAUGAUGGAGAAGUUGUGCAAGCAGCUACAACAAUAGUUGAAGCAGCCAGUAAUGUUUUGAAUGUUUCUUCAAAUAAAAAGGUCUCAGAUUUUCUUCUUACUGGGAUAAACAAUGUUCAAAGUGCUUUGCUGAAUAAUAAAAAACUGAAUGGAGACCCUUCCAUCAUUGAUUCUGGUCAGAUCAGUGUGUACGUCAACAGAGUGUCUCCUGAAAAGAUGAAAAUUCAGGAUAUAAAUGUCCAGAAGAGCAGCUCCUCCAGAUUUUCGUUCCCCUCACUGCCUGCUCAUAUUGUCGCUCCAGAGGAGCCAAUGGAUGUCAGAAUGAUGAGUUUUGAGACAAAUCCGUUUUCUUGGGAGGAGGAAAACAUCACAGGAACUGUAGGAUCCGUGUCUCUCACCAGAGUGAACGGCACUGUCAUUCCUGUAGAGAACUUACCUGACGAGAUAGAGAUUCUCUUACCGAGGCUUGACGUUGGAGAGAACCACAGCACAGUCCUGGACCUUGCCAGUUUCAGCACAUUAAUAAUUGAUGUUCCCUCACCGGAUGUAACACUGGUGCUGAAAAUGGAGCCCUCUGAAGACAUUUCCUUCAUGCUAUUCCUGGGAAGUAAAGAUUAUCCAAAUGAGCAUAAUUAUAUAGCCAAGACUCAGAUCCCUCUAGAGAAUUCCAAAGAAGAAGAAAAAUAUACCUGGGUGCUGAGUCCCGAAGACAGAACAGGAGAUGUUGGAGUGCACUACCUUGUUAUGAAGCCCAUUGUAGAGCCAGGCGUCAGAUCCGUCAAUGCCACUGUCACUGUCAUUUCCAUCGCUGCCCAGUGCAAAUACUGGAAUGAAACUAAGUCUUCUUGGAGUGAAGAUGGAUGCAGGGUAGGUCCGCUCACCACGCCUUUGGUCACUCAGUGCCUCUGUAACCACUUAACUUUCUUUGGCAGCUCUUUCUUUGUCAUGCCAAACUUGGUGGAUGUGUCGCGCACUGCAGAACUUUUUGCUACAUUCACCAACAAUCCUGUGGUGGUGUGUUUUGUGGGAGCCAUUUUCACUGCUUAUCUCCUGGUGGUUAUAUGGGCACGCAGGAAAGACAUCCACGACUCAGCCAAGGUGAAGAUAACAGUGCUUGAGGAUAAUGAUCCCUUGGCUGAGUAUCGUUAUAUGCUGAAUUUCAGCACAGGGCAUCGGCAUGGUGCCUCCACCUCCUCUCAGGUGACGAUAAUUCUGCUGGGUACCGAGGGAGAGAGUGAGCCCCACCACCUGACAGACCCUGAUAAGCCAGUGUUUGAGAGAGGUGGGGUGGACAUGUUUCUGCUGACCACACACUUUUCCCUUGGAGAUCUAAAGAGCAUCAGGCUGUGGCACGACAACUCAGGAGCUCACCCUGCAUGGUAUGUCAACAAAGUAAUGGUGCAGGAUCUGGAGAGUGGUCAGAAAUGGCACUUCCUGUGUAACUCCUGGCUAGCUGUAGAUGUGGGAGACUGCACUCUUGACAAGGUCUUCCCGGUUGCCACAGAGAUGGAUUUGAAGAGGUUUAGUAACCUGUUCUUCAUGAAGACAGCCAAGGAUUUCCGUGACGGCCACAUCUGGUUCUCUGUCAUUAGCCGGCCUCCCUCCAGCACUUUCACAUGUGUGCAGCGAGUGUCCUGCUGUUUUUCCCUGCUGCUGUGCACCAUGCUGACCAGCAUCAUGUUUUGGGGCAUCCCCACCGACCCCUCUGAGCAGACCAUGGACCUGGGUCACAUCGAGUUCACCUGGCAGCAAGUCAUGAUCGGAGUUCAAAGUUCAAUCAUCAUGUUCCCCAUUAAUCUCCUUAUUGUGAGCAUCUUCAGAAACACUCGUCCUCGAGAGAAGGCCGCCAACACGGACACAUCCAUACAUGGGAAGACUGGUCGAGUUUCUCCCUCACAGACUUCCUCCCCUCAGAAAGAGAUGAAGGACAUCACACCAGACACUGUGAUCAAGGACAUAAAGAGAAUUGCUCAGUCACUCUCAAAGGCCAUGAAGAGUCCGCUGCCUGACCUGGAGCUCCGGCCCGGUCAGCAGGCGGACAUCAACACUCUGCUGUCUCUGGUGGAGGACAUCAUAAGACAGCAGAACCGAGGGGCAGGAGACUUUUACACUGAGGCCUCCAAGAAGGAUCGCUCUAUGAUCCUCAGCUUACGUGCAGUUGAUCUACAAGAAAACAGUGUGUGGGGGAGCCCUGAGAGGACUUCAGUAGAAGGUCAGAAGAAGAGCAACAACAGCAGGUACCUGUACAGGCAGCUGCGUCAUGUUGAGAAGGAACUGGAUUUGUUGGGACCUUCUCAGUUUCCAAAGCCAGAUAGCUACAACCGAGCCAUGCAGCAAGUUCAGGGAAUGAAGGGUCUCCUGGACUUCCACCUACCCUCAUCUAGCCUGGAAAAAGAGCAGCUCGACAGCAGCCCAAGUCCAGAAGAGAGCAUCAAUGGAGACUCCACCAAGAAGUGCUGUCAAGGAGGUUUGCCAUGGUGGUUUGUGUUUGUUGGCUGGAUACUGGUGAUUGCAACAAGUGGUGUGUCGGGAUACUUCACCAUGAUGUAUGGGCUGACGUACGGGAAAGGGCGCUCUAUAAGCUGGCUUAUCUCCAUGGUGGUCUCCUUCUUUGAGAGUCUUUUUAUUACUCAACCUCUGAAGGUUCUUGGUUUUGCUGCAUUCUUUGCACUUGUUCUGAAGAAAGUUGACCAGGAGGAGUACGGAGAGCCUCAGAUAGAUGAGAGUCUGAGAAACACAGGUAUGUUUUUUCCAACAUUUCUUCUUGCAUUGUUUUGUAUGAAAAACAAAAUGCAUCAGUACAAUAUUCGUCUCUCAGAUGAUCCUGAUGUGGUGCGUGCAGCAAGAAGAGACAGCACAUGCAGUUUCUAUCAGCCACCACCUCCCACUGACAUCGAGAGGAUGAGGAACAACAUAAUUAAAGAGCAGAAAGUCUUUGCCCUCAUAAGGGAGAUUCUCACCUACAUGGGAUUUAUGUGGAUGUUGCUCCUGGUGGCGUAUGGUCAGAGGGACCCCAACGCUUACUUUCUGACCAAACACAUUCGACAGAGCUUCAGCAGAGGGAUCUCAGACAGUAUGAGUAUUCAGGAUGUGUUCAACUGGGCAAACACAACUCUGCUGAGCAGCUUGUUUGGAGAGCACCCAGGAUUCAUCACAGAUGGAAACUCCAAGCUGGUGGGUAACGCUCGUCUUCGUCAGGUGAGGGUGCAUAAAAACUCCUGCCAUGUGGCUACCUCCAUGCAGCAGUCUGAGCUUGACUGCCACGCUCCGUACUCAUGGGAGCUGGAGGACAUGGGCUCCUACGGUCCAAGCUGGAGCCACUCUGUGGUUGAUAACUCCUCAUUGAACAGUCACACACCAUGGAUGUAUCAGUCCCAGGGUAAACUGAGGGCCUACCCUAUCUGGGGUAGUGUGAUGCUCUACAGAGGAGGAGGGUUUGUGGUAGAUCUGGGGCCAGAUUUACAAAAUUCCAGCAGAACCCUUCAGUACCUUUAUGACAACACCUGGUUUGACGUGUACACCCAAGCAGCCUUUGUCGAGUUCACCGUGUACAAUGCCAACGUUAACCUCUUCUGCAUCGUCACACUCAUGCUGGAGACCACAGCCAUCGGAGCUUUCCAGUUCCGCAGUGAGCUUCAGAGUGUGCGUCUUUACCAGUCGACCGGCGGCCUUCACAUCUUCGUCAUGGCUUCUGAAGCCAUCUACUUCCUCUUCAUCAUCUAUUACAUGUUUGUCCAGGGAAAGCUGAUGAAGCAGCAGAGGUGGGCUUACCUCAAGAGUAAGUGGAAUCUACUCGAGCUGGCGAUUAUUAUUCUUAGCUGGAGCGCAUUGUCUGUCUUCAUCAAGAGGACUUUACUGGGUUCGCGGGACAUGGAGUACUACCAUAACAACAAAGACCAAUACGCCAGUUUCCAUGAGACAGCCAAGGCUGAUGCAGUGCUGGGGUAUCUGAUUGCAUUCCUGGUGCUGUUGGCUACAGUCAAAAUGUGGCACCUGCUGAGACUGAACCCAAAGCUGCACAUGAUCACAGCCACGCUGCAGCGAGCCUGGACUGAUAUUUCAGGCUUCCUGGUGGUCAUAACCAUCAUGUUCCUGGCCUAUUCCAUUGCUUCUAACCUGAUGUAUGGGUGGAAGCUAUACUCCUAUCGGACUCUGCUGGACGCUGCACAGACCAUGGUCAGCCUGCAGCUUGGCAUUUUUAACUACGAUGAGGUUCUGAAUUACAAUCCAGUGCUUGGGGCUUUCCUUAUCGGCUCCUCCAUUGUGUUCAUGACCUUUGUGGUGCUGAACCUCUUCAUCUCUGUCAUUCUGGUGGCAUUCAGUCAAGAGCAGAUACAUCACCAGCCGUCUGAAGAGGAUGAGAUUGUGGACCUGAUGCUGAUGAAACUCUGCAGUUUAUUUGGACUCAAAUAUAAGAAUCAAGGGGGUGACUGCCUGGCUGAGAGGCCAGCUGUCACAUCUGCUUCAAAUAAUGGACUGCAGACAAUUUCUUCUGGGAACAUUUGUGAGGGUUGAAAUGCUCCUCUACUGCCAAGCAGAAGUUAAACAUUAAACAACCCACAGAAUGGUUUGCUUCAGUUUUUGUUUGCCAUAGCUUGCUUCAUUUAUUCAAACCAACAUGUUGUCGCUUUGUGACUGAAUAUUAGCCCUUGCAAGUCUAUAAAUUAUUAGCAUUUCUCUAUAGUGCUGCAGAUCUGUAACUAAUGUAGGAGAAGUUAAAACACUGACAGGGAAAGUAGGAGCUGAGGAUAAUCCUUGUUAUGCACUGAGUAACUGUAUUUAGGCUGCAGUAUAUUUUCUUAAACAAAUACAUGUUUGUUUAUGUGACUAAA